GGAUUGAAGAAGGCUACCUAGGAGGCUCUGAGAACUGAGCGCUACAAGGUACUUCAAAUGUGCCUGUCAGUCACCUGGACAGGACAGUGCCUCAGGAAAAGCUGCUGGUUCUGGGGCAGGUAAAAUGUCGGCUCCAGGACCUUACCAGGCGGCUGCAGGCCCUUCUGCAAUGCCCACUGCACCCCCAACCUAUGAAGAGACAGUGGGUGUCAACAGCUACUACCCAAUGCCCCCAGCACCUGUGCCGGGGCCAGCCACAGGGCUCAUCGCAGGCCCAGAUGGGAAGGGCAUGAAUCCACCUUCGUACUACACCCAGCCUGUGCCUGUUCCCAAUGCCAAUGCAAUUGCCGUACAGACAGUGUAUGUGCAGCAGCCCGUCUCCUUUUAUGACCGCCCUGUCCAGAUGUGCUGUCCAUCCUGCAGCAAGAUGAUCGUGACUCAGCUGUCCUACAAUGCCGGCGCCCUCACCUGGCUGUCCUGUGGCAGUCUGUGUCUGCUGGGGUGCAUCGCUGGUUGCUGCUUCAUCCCGUUCUGUGUAGACGCCCUGCAAGACGUGGACCAUUACUGCCCCAACUGCAAAGCGCUCCUGGGCACCUACAAGCGCUUGUAGGACUUGGCCAGCCAGCCAUAGGGGAGAUGGUAGAUCCUGCUACCGGAAGUCACCUGACCCUUGCCCAGCUCACCCAGAAGAGGCCCCUUCCUUGAUUUCAUCUCUUCAUGGGCUCCAUCUUCUUGUCUUUUGCAGGGUGGAAAAGGUCAAAAAAGUAACAAACCUCCAAACCCCAGAAACUGCUGCUUGGAGUUGUGCCCUGCAAAGACGUGGACCUUGAUGUUUCAAAGGCUUACAGCCUGCCCAAGUCACCCCCACUAACUGUGGUUGUUACCCCAUUUACCUCGCCACUGAUUUGCCAUUGGCUGGCUCCUCUUCCUCGUCAGUGGUGGCGGUCUCAAACCCGGAAGCCAGUCUGCCUUAUUCUUUGCUGUUGGUCUGAUCUUGUCUGUCUCUCCCCAUCCCUGAUGGCAGAGACCCCGCCUUAAAGACUCUGUGGUUCUGUAAUUGCAGACUUCUCUGGCACUCAGAGUCACUUUAAUUCCAUAGGUUUUUGUUUUGUUUUCCAAGUGCACAGAAGGGCUGCCGACACCCACCAGACACAUACAGAGAAGGUCACAAGUACAAAAUAAAAAGAACAGUCAGGCUGGGUUUAAUCACACGCGUCCUGUCUCAGCCCUGCUUCUGUGUGGUGGGGGUGGGGGGGUCUUCUUCCUCGCAGUUUCUGUGAGCUCCUUUUGUUCUUAAAACACACGUGGAAGUCACUGGCAGGGAGACAUUUCUACAAUAGCUUUUGUGAUCGUCAUACAGCCCUCAUUUUUUCAUUUGCUGGUGUGAUUUUAGUUGGUUUUGUUUUAGUUUUUGAUAUGCAGUCUGGCUUUGUUGCCCAGCCCAGCCUUGAACUCCUGGGUUCAAGUCCAUCCUUCAGUCUUCGCCUCUCAAGUGCCCAGGGCUCUGGACACGUGCCGCGGCACCUACUGGGCGUUUGUUUUGUUUUCCAACAAAUAGGUAAUUUCAUCUACUGCCUGCAUGGAUUUGUGUGGUUUUGAAAACCUUGUCUAUGUGGGGUCUCUUUGAGGGGAUGAGGGGGUCUCUAUCUGAGCCCGUGAUACAGUGCUGAGAGCUUGGCCAGAGAGCCUGAAGCAUGGCUUUGUUUUUUAGAGAUGAGCUGCUUGUGUGGCACCAGCAUGGUCUUCAGUUUCAGCGGACCAGGUGGGAGGACGCCAAAGACAAGUCAGGGCUCUUUCUAGGUGACCACUCUGUCGUGUGUAGCGUUGACAGAGCGCAGCCAGCUUUUCAGGAGACCCUGUCUCCAUCCCGAACCCACACAGAACUGCUGCAGACAGUAGUGUGUGAAGUCAGCCCGACCCUGCACGGCCUGUUGGUUAAGAUGCAGUCCUAACCAUUCUCUGAGCUGCUCAUGCAGUGAUCCAGAGAAACUAGCCAUCAUGUCUGCAGUGACUUAUGGGUACCAUAUACGACUUUGGUGUUAUCUGCUUUUAAACAAAUAAAAUCUUUGGUCACUCUUGGUGAACGAUUCAGUU